GAAAAUGUCGUGGCCUGGCACAGUCUAAGGGUGUGCGGCGGCCAUGGACAGCGAGCAGCCCGACAGCCUGGAGGGCUGGGUGCCGCUGCGCGAGGACCUCUUCCCGGAGCCCGAGCGCCAUCAGCUGCGUUUCCUGGUGGCCUGGAACGCCGCCGAGGGCCAGUUCGCCGUCACCUGUCACGACCGCACGGCGCAGCGGCGCCGGCGCGGGCGACAGGAGGCCGGCGACGGGGGCUGCAGCUGGGCCGGGGCGCUGUCGGCGGCCGGGUUCCGCGGCGCGCACCGGCAGCUGGCGGCGCUGUGGCCGGCCCUGGAGCGCUGCUUUCCGCCGCUGCCGCCGGAGCUGGACGCGGCGAGCGGCGCGGGCUGGGGCCUGGGGCGCGGGCUGUGGGCGCUCGUGUGGGCGCUCGUGUGGCCGGCGCCUGCGAACCCUGGCGACGCGGCGCUGCAGGACCUGUGCCGACAGCUGGAGCACUACCUGGGCCUGGCGGCCGACGGCUGCGGCGGCGCCACCGUGCGCGACGUGCUCUUCCCGGCCCCGGGUGACUCGGCAGACUGCGAGGGCCUGAGCGAGUUCCGCGAGAGGAUGCUGCGCGCGCGCCUGGACCAGACGGUCGCGCGACUGCGCCAGCUUCUUCAAGAUCACAGAAAAGCCAACACCAUGGUAACAUUAAUGAAAGUUUAUCAAGAGGAAGAUGAAGUCUAUCAAGAACUAGUUACCAUGGCAACCACAUUCUUCCAGUAUUUACUACAGCCAUUUAGAGACAUGCGAGAAGUUGCAACCUCAUGUAAGCUUGGUAUUUUGAAGUCCCUGGAAGAGGAUGAGCUGGGUCCUAAAAGGGUGGCUGCCCUACAGAAGGAAGCCAGUGAGUGGACCAGACGGGCUGAAGAAGCAGUGGUCUCUAUCCAGGACAUCACUGUGAAUUAUUUUAAGGAAACAGUAACAGCAUUAACAGGAAUGCAGAAGCAAAUGGAGCAGGAUCAGAGGAGAUUUGGCCAGGCUGCCUGGGCCACAGCCAUGCCCAGGCUAGAAAACCUCAAGCUCAUGUUAGCUCGGGAGACUCUGCAGCUUAUGAGAGCCAAAGAGCUGUGUCUAAAACACAGACAGGCUGAAAUCCAGAGGAAGGUGGAAGAUCUUCCAGACCAAGGAAAGAAUGUAGGUGUUGUGGAUGAGCUAGAAAUCCAGUAUUACGAGACGCAGUUGGAGUUAUAUGAUGUUAAGCUUGAGAUACUGAGGAAUGAGGAGACGAUCCUUGUCACACGGUUGGACUCUGUUAAGAGACUUAUAGCAGAGAAACAAGCUGAAGUGGUCUACUACGACCCAUGUGAAAGCCCUGAGGAGCUGAAGAGCCUGGCUCCUGACCUGGAGCUGCACCUUGGUGACAACAGAGAGCUGAGAGCACUCAGUCAGCAGUGCCAGCAGCUGGAGGCUCAGCGGGGCCGCAUCUGCUCCAGGAGAGCCCAACUCAGGAACAGAAAGGAUCACUGCCGAGAAAAUCAUCAGCUUAGACUGCAACAGGCCAAACAAAACGUGAGACAUUUUCACCACCAUCACAGCAUCCAGAUGAAAAGAGACAAAAUAAAAGAAGAGGAACAAAAGAAAAAAGAAUGGAUAGACCAUGAACGCCAGAAAACACUGGAGCGGCUAAGAGCAUAUAGGGAGAAGGGUCCAGCUCCUCGGUCUGCACUGAAAACGAGUUGCUCAGAAUCCAUGCUGUCAAACCUGUCAGGUGGAUGCUCUCAGAAGAGGCUCUCAACAGCUCAGCACAAGACCGCAGCUCAUCCUGCCUCCAGCAAAACCAGAAGUGCUUCUCCCUUACCUGAAGCCACUGUGAAACCCCCUGAGCAUCAAGAUCCCUGUGGCAGUGCCCCUGGCCUGGCCCUUGCUCCUGUUAGUGACCAGACGCUCUCUGGAUCCAGUGAAGAGAUGUCACUAGCACCACCGCCACCACCUCCCCCCCCUCCGCCACUUCCUCCUCCACCACUUCUUCCUCCCUCUGCUUUGCCCUCUUUUCAAGGUACCACUCAUCAGAAUAUAGGGUUCCAGACUCUGGCAACAGAGGACCAGCCGUUCCCUCUAGCCUGUGAUAUGUCUGCCAGAAGACCAGGAGGGUCUGAUUGCCAGGAGGGUUUCCAGCGUCCAGGCUCUAUGGAUGAAGUGUUGGCCUCUCUCCGGCAGGGCAGGACCUCUCUCCGGAAAGUAGAAAUGACCACCCGGCCCCCUCCCCGCACCUCGGUCAAUGAACAAGUUCUGGCUGCCAUCAGGCAGGGGGUGCAGCUGAAGAAAGUCCACACAGGCCCCAAUGUGGACCCCAGCAAGAAGAGCACCAGCGACCUGGAGAGGAGCAUCAGAGAAGCCCUGGAGAGAAUCAAGAAAGUGUCUGCUGACUCAGAGGAGGACAAUGAUGAACAGAGCCCUGUCGAGUGGGACCGCUAGGCUUUUAGGCUGACAGAUGCAGGCAGGCCCAGAACCCUGCCUGGGUCAGCGAGGCUUCCCUGGGAAGCCUUUAACACUGGGAGGACAGUGAGGAGUGCUGACUGUCACACACCAUCCACUGGUGGGUAGGCUGGAUAUGGGAGCAGUACUUUGUCCACUCCAGAGUCACUGACCCUGCAGGGACAGGCCUGUGGUACACGUUAGACAGCGUCCAUGCAUAGAACACUGGUUCCUCACACUUCAAGGCUUGAAUGUGACCAUUUUAGCAAUAAUCAGAAUGAAUUGUAUAUAUCCCAGAAAUACUUAAAUAUUUAAAUGUUAUUUUGUGUACUGAACACAGAAACUCAUAAUAAACAAUAUUUAUAGUGCAUCUGUGUUAGGAGAACAUGGUCUCUGACCAUGAAAGCAAAGC